AUGGCUGUGGAGAUUUUAUUGAUAAUGGACGAAUGUGCUUUUGCUCUUGAAGCUGCAAAACUGCUACGUCGUGCCAAGGAGAAGGUUGAAGCAAGAGCUAUGGCAACUGAUACAGCAUCUACGGAGCCAGUAUUAUCGAGCAGGGAUGGAAGCGGACAUCUGAAUCAUUAUUGGAGUCCGUUCAGUCUUUUUGAUGGGGAUAUUGACCCAGACCUUGCGUUUUCGUUUCUUGGCUUUGAUGAAGCAAAUCCGAUAAUAUAA